AAGCGACCACAUUUUAUGUCAAAACACGCUAUUCGGUGCAUUUUAUUUAAGUGAAUGUAAAAGUUAUACAUUUUUUUUUUCGUCUAAACAAAAGAUAUUAUUAGUUAAAUCGCAGAUUCAUAUAAAAUAUCAAAAAAAUGUCAUCGGAACCGACACAAGAAGUGUGUCAAAUCGACUUGACCAAACUCAAUUUACAGCAAUUGCAGCAGUUGAAAAAUGAAUUCGAAUCGGAAUUGAAUGUGUUUCAAGAUUCACUGCAAACACUUAAAAUAGCUAAAACAAAAUUUGAUGGUUCAAAAGAAGCACUGGAACAAAUAAACGAAACCUGGACGGAUAAGGAAAUUUUGGUACCAUUGACGGGUAGCAUGUAUGUGAAGGGAGUCGUGAAUAAUAUCGAUAAAUUCAUAAUUGACAUCGGUACCGGUUACUAUGUGGAAAAAGAUAUAACCGCAUCAAAAGAUUACUUUAAACGGAAAGUCGAUUAUGUGCAGGAGCAAAUGGAUAAAAUUGAUAUGCUCGGUCGUCAAAAAUCAAAAGUUUUGAAUGGCGUCAUUGAUGUGAUUGAAAUGAAAAUUGCCGCCCUCCAAGCACAAGCUCAACAAGCCGCCGCCGCAAAAUAAACUUUUGCAUCGUUCACACAAACACCCAUACACAUCCGCAAUUAAUUUUUUUUUUGUUGUUAUUUCGUAUAUUGCCUAAUUUGUAAUCAAGUUUAGUUUUUUACGAUUUGUUUUUUACUUUACAAUAGAAAAUUGAUUGCCACUUGAUACACUCACAAUUUAAAUACAAUUUUAAGCAUCAGCUUUCUUGAGACAAAUAGCAUUUAAUACAAUCAAUAUAAAAAAAGCGGAUCUAUUUAACUCAUUUGAAAUAAUAAAAAAAGAGUAAAACAACAAAAAAAUCCA